GUUCAGGACCUUCUUCCUUCGUCUGUCUAUGACAGAGAGGGGAAAAACUGGGUCAAGGAAGAUAAGAAGGUGUCUCUUGACCAUCGGCUCUUCCAAGGAUACGGGGUCAAGGCUUUGUCGAUGAAAGCGUUUGACGUGCGCGAGAACGGAACGGAGUUCCAAAUGCUGGAUCCGGAAAAGUUUCUUUUCAAAACCAAUGGCUACCGCAUGACUGGUUCCCUGCCUGUCGUCGACAGCGCUUUCAUGCUCAGUAAACCUUUGGUCCAAUUCAACAGCCCAGCGGACCAACUCGCAACUUUCGUUAUGCGAUACAGGGAAGAGUUCGCGAGGCUGCCUGCUGCCCAGCAAGUGGACCGUGUUUUCGUGCCGAUUGACGCCCCGUCUUCGUUGGCUGCGGGGCUCAAACGGCGCAAAGAUCAGCCGGCCAGAGCGGGUGGAAAGAGGAAGCAAUUGCCGACUGCCCCGUUUUCGUCGGCUGCGGUUGUCCAGGCUCUGCCCGCUCCGGUUUCGCCCUCAGAUCGGCAAGGUCGUGAUGCGGCCGAGCAGUCCAGCGAGGCCACAGACUACGACGACAGAGCUGUGCGCUAUCAGGCUGGUCCCCAACAUCGUUCACGGGGAGGUGCAAGUGCCUUCGAUGACGAGGAAUGCGAGGGCCAAGAUGGGGAGGGUGGUGGUUGGGAUGGGGAGGGCGGUGGUGAGGAGGGGGAGGGUGGUGGUGAGGAGGAGGAAGGCGGUGGUAAGGCGGACGAUGGUAACGAAGGAGAUGCUGAAGGUGAGGACGAUGGCAUGGACGAGGAGAGAGACAAUGUUGGUGAGGUUGUCGAAGACAAUCGCUCCUCCCAAUUUCACCGUCGCCACCACAACGAAUCGCAGGGGCGCCGUGAGGACGACGCCUGCCGCGUCGGUAACGCGGUCGAUGCUGGUGGCCAGCCUGCAGCCUCCUGCGGAAUGUCGCAGUCCUAUGACCAGACGAAGGAUGGGAGAGACGAACCAUGCUCACGGGGAAAGCGAAAGAGGGGAGAGGCAUCGACCUCUCCUGCGAGUCGAACAAAACAGGCGCGGGCCGACGCCGUCAAUGAAGCUCGUGGAGCGUUGAUGACAUCACAGGAAGCGCGGGCUCCUCGGAAAACUGGUGGGGGGGGGCGAAGUGGCAGCCGCGGGGGUGGUCGCGGCAGCGGUAGGAAAGGCUCGCAGAGGUCCAGGGCACCUGAGCUGCGGGACUCGGGGGAUGAGGGCGAGGGGGUGGGGCCUCGCAUGCCCAAAGACAUUGAAGAGCUGGUUCAGCACGCCGCGCCCGUGGACACGACACGAUGUUUCUUCCUCGAAUACGACGAACAAGGCUUCGCCAGGCAAGACGUCCAAGUUGUUAACGUCGACGUUAAUAAGAUCAAACCCAUUCCCCGUGGGAAGAUCCUAUUUAACCACCGUUCGUUGUCUGAGAACAUUGUGAGAGGCAUCGAGAGUGCCAUAGAAAGCUCCAUCAGUGCUGACCCGGGGGUGUGGGAUAGACCUGAGCUCGUUCUUGCGCCGGUUGACCCCAACGUCAUCGUCGGGGGGCAGGGAAGGCGAAUCACCCCGGGUGAGUUCUUCCAAAGAGGUUCUACAGAGUUCGACUGGUACGCUGUAUGUGGUCAACAUACUGUCGAGGCCAUGAAACGGUUGGUUGGAAAGGACUCCCCCGCGAUCAAAGUCUACAGCCUCCGCACGUACUCUAAAGUGCGAGUCGUCUUUUUCGAUGAUGACCACACACGCGGGUACUUCAAUGUCUCCCUCUUCGACAACACACGGGAAAAUCGCGUCAUGAUGUUAUCCUUCCAGGACGCUGUGCGUGAUAUGCGGCAAUGGUGGAUCGACAACAACAGGAUCGAGGCACUCAAAGCUAAGGUCAGCGAGAAGGAUGCCGUCGCCGUUGCGCAUCAGAAAACGUGGCAGAACUUCCUGAGGGCCUGCAUGGGGAAGGCGUGCGACAAGGCGUUCGUGAAACAGACACUCGACAACGAAUACAGCAAGGAUUGGAGUAACAAACUUCGGGAGUACCUGAACCUCGCCACAUCCACCCACACGGUUUGGCCGCUGGUGGAGAAGUUCUUCGCAAUGUUCGAGGAGGGUAAGCUGCCAAUCGGCGACGGCAAGAUCCCACUUGAGAUGUCGGGGAGGAUGGAGGGGCGCCUGCCCGGCCCGUACACUGACGAGAACAAGGGACAACAGACUUUGUACCAUUGCAUAUAUGCGAGAGAUGGUCCCAAGGGCUCCACCGUGUCCUGGAAGGAUUUGUGUCCUACGUACUUCAAGAACUUCGGGGACAUGACAUGCCGCGAGAAAGAAGUCGCGCUACUCCUGCUCAUGUCGGGGAAAGUGGUGGCAACAAAAGUGAGAGUCACGCCUCCGAGGGUGAACACAGAGUGCCUCCUCGACAUUAUGCGCAAGGAGAGAUACAUGGUCCGCAUGUUCAACUACGUGGUGUUUCGCGCCGAGGGAAGGGCAGGGGACGAAUGGAACGACGACUUCUUCAUGUCGUACGAAGACCUGGAAGAGAGGUAUGCUUCAAAUGGGUUAUGCGCAGAUGAAUGGGAGAAGCGACGGGAGAAGCUGCAUAGCAACUUAGUGAAGACGAUCCCUCGGCGACUUGGAGGAGUGGAGGAGGCGAGGCAAGGUGCGGGUUUGGGGCCUACAGAAGUGAUGUACAAGGAGGUCUUUAUAUACACUACGAUCGAUAAGCUCGAUAUGCCUCGAGCGGAGAUGAAACGGAUCGCCUCCAGUGCACGCCAUCUUGUGUGGGACAAACUCAGCAGGCAAACCACAUUGCUUCCUGUAUGCAUGCGGUCAAAGGAGGUUAUGGCGGUGCCCGUCGACAUCGUCGCAGCCACACAAAAAAUGGCAUGCAGGGCCGCCAUCGUGGACAUCUCGGCCACGAAUUUCAGCAGUGCGUGGACCUUGCAGGACUUCGAUGCACUGUACGCAAUGAUGGCGAAGUGUUGUGGUCCAAAUUGGGUCCUCUUCUUCUUUGCACCGCAGAAUGUGCAAAGCGAUGUCUUGCGUCAAUUGUACCGUUGGGAGGACAUCGAGCUCAUCCUCAGGUCAUGGAAACGCGUGGACAGCCCGCCGAGCGACGUCACAAGGUACGACAACAUCGCUAUGAGCAGUCGGGACCUGAUGGCGAUCGUGCUGCACGCUGAAGGAGGGGAUCUGAAAAAAGUAACUGUCGCACCCCGACUUCACAACGAUCUCACCGAAGUGCAUGUUGUGGAGGAAAAGUUCGGGAAGUGUCUCAGAAAACACGCUGGCGUCGAGGGUGACGAAAGUGCCGCAUAUUCAAUUUGGAAGCGAGAACCUGACAAGUUGAGGAAGUUGUGCGGUUCAUUCGUAAGAGAGGCGGAAAGUGUGCUUUUGUUGGGUAGGGCGCACGCGGGUCUUGUAUGGAAGUUAUUGCUUGCAGGUAAUUAUGUCAUUGCCUGUGACGAGUCGGCCAAGGACAUUGCAUACUUGACAAAGUUCGUCGACAUACUUGUUAAGGAUGGGGGAUUCGCGUGCCACCUCGAGAAGCCGCGUGCCACACAUCGCACGAACAGGGAUAUGUACCACAAGUUGGGACCGAAAAGACUGAAGGUGUGGGAAUACCUGUUCUGCGAUGCGCCGGAUGGACGCCUUGAUGGGGGAUACAUAUAUAGGAAAGCCAAGGUGACCGAGGCCCUCAAACAUUAUCACGGUGCUCUAACUGGCGCCUUCGAGACAUUCGUUGCUCGAUGCGAGAUCUUGAGGUUUGAUCUUCACAAAGAUAAACUGACAUUUAAGGACUAUGCAGACCUCGGUAAAUUGGGUGAAGGCCUUAACCCCGUUGACAGCGAGGAAGACUCGUCGGACUCCGACCUCGAGAUCAACAAGGACACCAAUGCAACCGGGUGGUGUGGGAAGUCCGCUGCCAUGGAGCACAGCGUCAAGGGAUAUGGACCGGGUCAAUCAGAGGGAUGCUCGAACAUGCCACCCGCGAACAGUGUGGCCUCGGAUGUGGACCGGGUUGUAUGUACGCCUGUGGAAGACGACGAAGACGAUGACCUUGAUAUUCCUGCUCAACCAACGAAGCUAGCGCCAGGCGAUCCGAUUUCUCCCAGAUUUUGUGCGGAUGCAAACAAUGUGUAUUUCUUGGAUGACAAAUACGCCCGCACUAGGUUGGAGACCGUUUCCCCGCAUGGGAAAGGACAACUGGUUGAAGACGACGGAGCAAUCAGCACUAUACCGCUGUCGGAAAGAGAACCCGGGGAGAGUGAAACAUUCAUCGCGGCAAAGGCGAAACAAUUCUUCGACGCCUUGGGAACCACUCGGCAGUUAGAGUACUCACACAAGUUUUACGAGCUGCAGUCGAGCCCCUCGUACGGCAAGAUUGACUGGAAGGUUGAGCGCGCUGCCGCGCUCGAGAACAUGGACGUGGACUCCCGAGAAGAUGCCGCCCCUGUGCCCGAGGCGGCCACAGGAAACACGAUGGGUGAACAAAGGGAAGAUGGCGGGACGACGUUCGGCGUGAAGCCUCCGUUGCUAGAGGCGGGGAACACGCCCGCAGGCAAAAACAGCAUCGGAGCCAUCUCUGUCACAACGGGGGAUACAUCACAAGGCGCCACAUACGGGAGUCUCCUCGCGACAGGUGCGGCGCUGGCAGGCACAUCGGAGAUGGUGUCAGAGUCCACUGCUGGGAUGGGCGUCACGGGAAUGUCGUUGCAUCCGCCCACAUGCAUUAGCAAAGGUGACGCACACUGUACAACAACACCACAGGGAGGGGUCACAGGGGAUGAUGGGAAUGGGGGAAAUGCAGGGGGUUCUCCACGUUCUUGCAAUAUUGAGGACAUGACGACUGACGAUGAGGAUGGAGUAGAAGGCGGAAAGGGCGUGAGCGAUCCCACUCGUGCAGAAAAUGAGGGGUGAGACAGGGAAUGAACUUGAGGGGAAUCC